AUGGCCGCUGCAGGGACCCGCCCGCGCCAGCCCGCCGGGGGCGCCGCGUGCCCGGCCUACCCCGCCGCGCCCCUGCCGGCCCCCGGCCCCGGCCCCGAGCGCGGCGCCCCGGCCCCCGUCGCGGGACUCCCGGGCAGGGGCCCCGGGCCGGCCCCGCCGCCCCCCGCCGGCCCGGGCUCGCGGGCGCCCCGCAGACGCGCGGCCGCCCCGUCGGCGUCCCAGCGCCGCAGGCGCACGGCGUUCAGCGCGGAGCAGCGGCGGCUGCUGGAGCUCGUCUUCCGCCGGACCCGGUACCCCGACAUCCACCUGCGCGAGCGCCUGGCCGCGCUCACGCGGCUGCCCGAGUCCAGGAUCCAGGUGUGGUUCCAGAAUAGGCGUGCCAAGUCACGGCGUCAGAGCGGGAAACCCUUACAAGCCCCGGCCAGCCCGGAGGAGGUUUUCCUCAACCACUCCGCUCCUGGGACUGACAUGAAAUGUCUGAAGCCCCCGCUGCCUCUCGGGGUGGAGGUGAACUGCUUCCCAGAUCCAAGCUGGGCUGGAGGGGGCAUCUCUGACUCCAGCUCCCAGGGCCAGAGUUUUGAAACCUGUUCCCCCGUCUCUGGAGACACUGCCUCCAAGCUAGACGUGUGGGAGGAACACAUCUUUUCUACCUUUGGUAACUUCUGA